AUGGAAGGUACUCAGUAUGAAUCUAAUAUGGGAUUGCUUUCCACAGAUGUUGCUCAUCACUCAAUUCUUAAUUCAGAGGUUUCAGAACCUAUUGCAGUAUUUUUUGAUUUGGAAACAUCACGCUUCUCUAAACAAUCUGAUAUUCUACAAAUCGCGGCUCAAUACAAUAAAUCUAAAUUUUCAGUUUAUGUUAACCCUAUUCAAAAAAUUGCAGCACAAGCAUCUGAAACAAAUGAUUUAACAAAUAUUAGAGGUGAAUUGAUGGUCAAUGGUAACUAG